AGAUGAGGAGAGCAUUGCUGUGACGUCAGAGGCUUAUUUGCAUGCGGGCUCGUAUAUAUGAAGCGCGCUCGGCGCAGCGAACGGCAGUCUGACCUCGACUCGCGGAGACUAAGGUGUUCUUACGUAACCGGAACCAGAUUCUUCAAGCAUGGCUGACAAACCAGACGUCUCAGAAGUUACUACCUUCGACAAGUCCAAGCUGAAGAAGACCGAGACGGAUGAGAAGAACACACUACCAACCAAAGAAACCAUCGAGCAGGAGAAGUCUUCUUGAGCCCAGCCCACCUUUGCUUGAACAUUCCGGCUGGCUUCCACCAAUCUGAACUCUAAAUGUAACCUUUGUCAACUGAACCACUUUGAUCUGGUAAAUGUCGCUUGACAUGUGUGAACUCACUCGCACCCUGUCGCCACCAAUUUCUGAAUCCCGGAAUGUAAAAGCAUUGUUAAAUAUGCAAAAUUAAAAAAAAUGUAAAUCUUC